GCAGGCGGCACAUGAACAAGAAGAAGAAACAGAAGAGAGGCCUGCGGCGAGCCGAACCGUCUCGUCGGCCGAGCAGGACCAGGAACAACAUGCGGAGCCUGAGUCGGUAAACCGCAACGCCCAGGCUGACUCCGAGAAUGACGAGGACGAUGACGAGCCAAACCACGAGGAGGUAGAUGACGAGGAAGAAGAGGAGCCGCAGGACGACGGCUUCGGCGGGGAGGAGGAAGACGAGGAAGAGGACGAGGAGGAGGACCAGGACGAGGACCAGGAUGAGGACCAGGCCGUCGAGAACGAGCACGAGCCAGAGCCAGAGCCAGAGAUGCAGCGCGAGGACGCAUCGACUCCUGCUUCUGAGGAGCACCAGCCCGCGACGCCCAAGGACAACGAGGAGACGCCGUACUGGCAGCAGGGCGGCGAGCAGGCGUCCCGCGAGCAGGAGCAGCAGGUCGCCGCGCCCAAGAAGAAGAAGAAGAACCCCCUCAAGCUGAGGCUGGACCUGAACCUCGAGAUCGAAAUCGAGCUGAAGGCCAGGAUUCAUGGUGACCUGGAGUUGGCUUUGCUAGGGGCCCCCAGACUCGCCAUGUCGUCGUCACAGUCGUCGGCAUCGCAUCUUGUCGUCGAGCACGCUGAGCUCUCGAUUACCGCUGCAUCAACCUCCAAAGGGGCCUCCUGCUAA